AUGUCUGGAGCCAACCACGCUCAUAACGGGCAAAGUAAUCAUGACCAGUUUCCUGAACUUCCUCACAAUGGUGCGCUGGAAUUGUCGCCCAAUGUCUUACAGGCUCUAGAGGAAGCGUCAACGGAGGAUGGUCAGGAUAAUGUUGUGUUAGGAAAGAGAUUGCGAACUCUUCCGGCUUGGAUCCGAUCGGUCGAUUACAAGGAACCUGAAGGUGAAUCUUCUGCCGCCUCACGACUACUACCCUCGCAUCCCGAUGAUGCCGUUGUCGCUCAGCAUAACCACUCGCCCUAUACGACUGCAAAAGUAGAUUUCGCGGGUCGAGGAACAAGCUUAGAAGAAGGGCGCGCGACAUCACCUCGUGAAUCGCGUUGGAAGAGUUUCUCUAGAUCAAUCGCCUAUCCGAGGGAUCCGGGUGUUGAGGAAAAACUUGUGACCCCCGAAUGGCUGAAUGAAAACCAUGGUGACUACUCGCAGCCAUGGCGCGGAAGACUUGAAGACUGGAGUGGGGAGGAUACAGAAGAUCCGCUGAGAAUGAAACGGCGAAGAGAGAUCUGGUUCAAACGCUUCCAUCAUACCUUAUUGAAGAGUCCUAUAGUACCCUUGAUUUUUCGCCUAACGGUGUGGGUCUUUUCGCUCACUGCUCUUGCACUUGGAGCCUCUAUUCAGCACAUGUCGCGUGAGUAUGCGCAUCCGCAGGGCCCCUCUGCGCUAAUGGCGAUUAUUGUUGAUGCCGUGGCCCUGGUUUACCUGGUGUAUAUUACUUGGGAUGAAUAUACAUCCAAACCGCUGGGUCUUCGCUCCCCAUCGGCCAAAGCACGGCUUGUCCUUCUCGACAUUUUCUUCAUUGUCUUUGACUCUGCCAACCUAAGUUUGGCCUUUGAAUCACUGUCCACAGUUAGUGGCGCAUGCACCAUCGGUGAGGUUAACCAGCAGGUCGCUCCUAAGAACGAUGCAAUCUGCGACCGACAAAUUGCGCUAGCUAGUGUUCUAUUAAUUGCUCUUUUGGCUUGGCUUACAACAUUCGCCAUUAGUGUUUUAAGGUAUAGCCAUCUUUCCCUUUUCUUGCUUUGCUCUUUCAUUCUCUGA